GCGGGGCCGGGCCGGGGCCGCCCCUGUCCGGGGGAGGCGGGGCCGGUUCGCGGAGGCCCCGCGGCGGCGGCGGCUCAGACACAGCCGGGACGAGCACGGACGUUGGCAGGGUGAUGCCAGCUUGACCCAGAGCCAUGUCCAGGUACCUGAAGCACUUCACGGUGGUGGGCGAUGACCCCGUGCAGUGGAGCAACGACUACCAGAAAUGGGAGGAGGAGGAGGACAAUGGGGACAAGCAGCAGGACUCGGAGAUCAAGGUGGAGCCUGCCAGGAGACACAUCUCCUUCCAGGACAUGAUGAAAAAGCUCUUCAGCUCCCACAAGUUUCAGAUUGGGGUUGUCUGGCUGGUGAUCCUGGAUGCCUUGUUGGUUCUUGGGGAAUUGCUCAUGGACUUGAAAAUCAUCCAUCCGGACAAAUAUAACAUAACCCCAAAGGUUUUCCACUACCUCUCCCUGUCCAUUUUAACCAUCUUCCUGGUCGAGGUGGGGUUCAAGGUGUUCGUGUAUCGCCGCGAGUUCUUCCACCACAAGUUCGAGGUGCUGGACGGGGUGGUCGUGGUCGUGUCCUUCGUGCUCGACGUCGUCCUCAUCUUCCGGGAGCACGAGUUCGAGGCCGUGGGGCUCCUGAUCCUGCUGCGGCUCUGGAGGGUGGCCCGGAUCAUCAACGGAAUAAUUUUAUCGGUGAAGACCCGCUCGGAACAACAAGUGUCCAAGUUAAAACAAGCCAACCUGAAACUUGCAACAAGGCUGGAACAACUGGAACACAGCUGUGUAGAGAAGGAGCAAGAAAUCGAGAGGCUGAACAACAUCUUAAAGCAGCACGGACUCCUCAGCCAGCCAAAGUAGGAGGCCAGUUUUCCAAGGUGGGAAUUCUGCCUGGAGAGUGCAGUGUUGGAAUCCACCAGUUUGACCUGAAAGGUUUUUCUGUCUCUUUACUUCCUCUUGCAUUGUGUUGUCUAUAAACAUUUUCUAUUUGACCACACUUUGAUCAGACCUUGAGAUUGCAAAAAGAGUUUUACUGGAAAAUUAAUUACACGCAGUCCCUGUAAACAACAAUUUUUUUCCCCUUUCUUGUACAGUUGUACAGUCAAAAUUGCAAAAUAAUUUAAUAAAGACACAUCUUUACAAGCUA